AUGAGGAAGUUGUGUCCGAACAUUGAAAAGGAAGAUGGGCUCGAGACGGUUCUCGAGGUUCCCAUACCAGAAGAAAUGUUCAAAAGCAUGGGCAACAACACAGCCAUGAGGUUCCAGAACAUGCUGACGUGGAUGAAGGCUCAAACUUCGGACAAAUGGUCGGCUCCGAUUAUCGCCGGCCGCCUUAAUGAGCUACGUUUCCUUCUCAACCUCGUCGGAUCGCCGCUCAUCCCUCUUCAGGUCCAAUUGGGGCAUUCCGUCCACCGCCCGGUCAAAGAUUGUUCCAUUCAAGCUUCUACGGCGAAAUACAUAGUGCAACAGUACGUGGCGGCAACGGGAGGCCAGCCGGCGUUGAACUCGGUGCAGAGCAUGUGCGUGACCGGCGCUGUUAAGAUUAGUGCGUCCGAGUUUCACCAAAGCAGCGGCAGCAGCGACGAUGACGACGGCAAUGUAGACGUUAAGAAAUCCUCGGAGGAGCUUGGUGGGUUUGUGCUUUGGCAAAAGAAUCCAGAUUUGUGGUGCAUAGAGCUUGUUGUCUCCGGGUGCAAGGUUAUAUGUGGAAGCAACGGCAAGCUCUCGUGGCGGCAUUCCGCUAACCAGCAAACGCCCAUCUCCAAGGGCCCUCCUAGACCCUUGCGCCGUUUUCUUCAGGGUUUGGAUCCAAGAGCCACGGCCAACUUAUUCCUAGACGCAAUGUGCAUAGGCGAGAAAAUAAUCGACGACGAAGACUGUUUCAUCCUAAAACUAGAAACGAACCCAGAAAUCCGCGACGCACAAAGCGGACCAAACUACGAGAUCAUUCACCACACCAUAUGGGGCUACUUCAGCCAGCGCUCGGGCCUCUUGAUCCAGUUCGAGGACUCGAGGCUGCUAAGGAUGAAUACCAAUUCAGACGAGGACGUUUUCUGGGAGACCAGCACGGAGUCAGUGAUGGGCGACUACAGAUAUGUCGACGGAGUCAACAUCGCCCACAGCGGAAAGACGCGCGUCACGGUUUUCCGCUACGGCGAGCAGUCGGCGAACCACAAGAGGGAAAUGGAAGAGACGUGGAAGAUCGACGAGGUGAACUUCAACGUCCGGGGAUUGACCGCGGACUACUUUUUGCCUCCUACUGAUCAUCGUGACCGAGACCAAAACAAGCAACAACGUUGUUGAUAUUUAUACAU